GGGCACUCUGCUGACCGGGGCCUAGAGCCUGCGGAGCCCAUGCGCCAGUGGGACCCCCGUGGGCUCAUCGACCCCAUCUACGAGGGUAAACGCCGUCAGCGCGCUGUGGCAAAGAAAGCAGAGGAUCUGAAGGCCAAGCUGCUGGAGAAGCUAGACAGGAUUGCGAACAUGAACGACGGGGUGGCCAACACGAUUCGGGAGCUCAAGGGGGAGUUAGAGAAGGAUCACAAAGACCUACACCGGUUGAUCCUCAACCUCAACCUGCACUGGAGCAGUAUCGAGGACGAUAUUGGGCGUGAGUAUGGAUAUGAUGAUCCUACCGAUGAUCAGCUCAAGAUUCUUAGCUUGGCCUACACCGAUGCUGUGGAGGAGUGGGAUCGCGAGUACUGA